CGCUUUCCACCCAGCUACUCGCGCAACUCGCUCAAAACCCGUUCACCACAAAGGAAGGAAGCGAAACGGAGUUAAAAGCCGAAACUGAAGGAGUUGACAGGUGCAUCCAGGUCUGUUUUUCUAUGGAAUCUGUGGACAAUGUGAACGCAAGUCACACUGCAGGCAGCAUGGAUGCCACCGGCAAAGGAAACUUGUCCAGUCUCAGAAAUGAAAAUGUCAUUGUUUCCAGUCCUCUACUUGGAACCAGAUCUGAUCAGAGAGCAGUGAUAAGUUUGGGAAACAGGGUUUCGCUUUGCCACAGUCCCAAGGAAGUUUCUUGCAGUGACUCUGUUCCCAAACAGCUCUCUCCCCAUAAGUCCAGUCCCAGGAAGCUCUCUCCCCAGAACUCCAGUCCAGGAACAAGCCCUAGUAAAGGAUCAUCUCUUUCCAUGAAGUACACUAGUAGCAGUCCACGCCGAAGACGUUGCUCUUGGCGCCGUUCAAGUUUAAAAGGUGGUAGACGUCGUAAGUCUUUGCCUCCAGUUUACCGUGAUGUCACAGAGCUCUGCAAGCAUAUCAGUUUGGAGCUGCCAGAAUCUGAAAGAUUGGCUGCUCUUGUCCAGUCUGCUUUCCAGUUUGCAGUUCAGAAAUGUAAGACGUCCUUGAAGAACGUUGAAGGGUUUAAUGAAAAGGAUUUUGAAAAGGAUGUUUCUUCAGUUUUAAAAGAAUUGAACUUUGAGGUAGAGAAAAUGAAACGAGAAGGAACCUUACAAAAAUGCACUGAACAAACAGGAGCUCCAGUGAAUCCUGAUGAGGAAACCUUAAUAACGCAGCUGAAGGAGCAGAAUGCAAGGUUCUCAUCCGAGUCCCUUCAGUGGAAUCAGCUCUUGCAGACCUAUCAGAACAAAGCAGAGGAGAUGGAAUGUGAUCUGAAGAAUGUCACUGCCAGUGGAAUUAGGAUCCCAAGUACAGCAGUACUUCAGAGCUCGCAGAAGAACUUUAUCCUGAACAAACCAAACUAUGCAGCCAUUUUGGCAAAUCAUACUGAAAUAUUUGACAGUAUUGAGACUGCGCUUGAUGAAGUGCAGCAGUGUGUUCAUCAGGUCCAUUCUUUUAUGAAGGACAGCGAAGAGUACCUGAAAAAGUCAUCUCAGCAGCUGGCAUCCUUUGCAUUUAAAGAAUUGGAGGACUCUCCACUGAAAAAAUGCCUUAGAGUGCGAAAGAAAUAACUUGAACAUUGGAGAACUGCACACAUUUCCACCUAUACAAAUACAUUAGAUGUGGCUUCAUUGGCUGUUGUUCAUUUAAAAUGUGCUAGAAAGGUAGUUAAAUAUUUUGAAAGGGGUCUCCAAAUGUAUACAGAUACUUGUCUGUAAAAAAAUAAGUUUUUGUAAUGCUGCUUUUAUUUGUGAAAUGGGUUAAUAAAAUACAGUUCUGUGGUC